UCCAAGUACAUCAGCACGAGUUUAGUUCACUAUCAUUGUGUUGCCAGCAUGAGAGACGUUACCGGGUAUCUCAAACAGCAGCAGAGCAACAGCUCAACGCCGGAGAUGGCGACUGAGUGGCACACGCUGGAGGAUUUGCACAACAAAAGGUUGUGGCAUCAGCUGACACUGAGAUUGUCAGACUUCGUUAAAGAUCCUUGUUUCAAAAACGGAGAUGGCCUCAUACAGCUUUAUGAAAACUUCAUUAGUGACUUUGAACACAGAAUCAAUCCUUUGUCCCUCAUGGAGAUCAUUCUCUAUGUUGCCAGGCAGAUGACAGAUCCCAAAGAUGCCAUCACUUUUCUUGAGAAGACCAAGGAAAAAGUGAAAAGCAGUGAAGAAGCUGUCAUUCUCUGCAAGACGUCCAUCGGGAGUCUCAAACUUGAAAUCAAUGAUCUUCCAGCAACAAAGAAAAUAAUCGAGGAGGUUGAGGAAAUGUUGAAUAAUUUGCCAGGUGUUACAUCGGUGCACGGCAGGUUUUAUGACCUCUCAAGCAAAUAUUAUCGUAUCAUUGGGGACCACGCCUCCUAUUACAAGGAUGCUCUGAGAUACCUUGGCUGUGUGGACAUUAAAGACCUUCCAGAGACGGAGAAGCAGGAAAGAGCCUUCACAUUGGGACUAGCCGGUCUUUUAGGAGAAGGCGUGUACAACUUUGGCGAACUGUUGAUGCAUCCUGUACUGGAGUCCCUGAGAAACACAGACAAGCAGUGGCUCAUUGACACACUGUUUGCGUUCAAUGGAGGCAAUGUAGAAAAAUUCCAAGGCUUCAAGUCUGCAUGGGGCCAGCAGCCUGACCUUGCAGCACACGAAGCCAAACUGAUGCAGAAGAUCCAGCUCCUCUGUGUGAUGGAGAUGACUUUCACACGUCCAGCAAACCAUCGGCAGCUGACCUUCACAGAAAUUGCUCAGAGUGCCAAGAUCCAUGUAAAUGAGGUGGAACUUCUGGUGAUGAAGGCUCUGUCCGUUGGCCUCAUUAAAGGCAACAUCGAUGAGGUGGAUAAGAAGGUGCAGAUGACUUGGGUGCAGCCGAGAGUGUUGGACUUGCAGCAGAUCAAAGGUAUGAAGGAGCGUUUGGACUUCUGGUGCGGAGACGUGAAGAACAUGGCCAUGCUCGUGGAACAACAAGCCCAUGACAUUCUCACCUAAGACCUGCUGAAAUAAUGCCAAUUUCCCUCUAUGACCAGUCAAGCCAUUUUUUUUUUUUUUUUUGGACUGCAUCCUUUUCGGUUACUGUCACUUUUCAAAACUAACUUGAAAACAAAAGAAACUUGCUUCUCGUGUUAUCUCAAUAUGGACAAACUGUCCGUAAUCUGAAUAAAAUGUCCACUAAAGUC